UACAGGUCUUCACAAAAAGAUGGGGUGCCAGGGACUUACCAAUUUUGGGAACCAGCUGCUUCGCCGGAAAGUUGUGGAUUGUACCAGGGAAGAGAGCAGGCUCUCGCGAUGCCUCAAUACCUUUGAUUUGGUUGCUCUGGGUGUAGGUAGUACACUUGGGGCAGGUGUCUAUGUCCUGGCUGGAGCUGUGGCACGUGAAAAUGCAGGACCUGCGAUUGUCAUCUCCUUCUUGAUUGCUGCAUUGGCAUCUGUAUUGGCUGGCCUAUGUUAUGGAGAAUUUGGUGCUAGAGUUCCAAGGACUGGAUCUGCUUAUCUAUAUAGCUAUGUGACUGUUGGUGAACUAUGGGCAUUCAUCACUGGGUGGAAUUUAAUUCUGUCUUAUGUCAUUGGGACAUCAAGUGUGGCCAGAGCCUGGAGUGCAACAUUUGAUGAAAUCAUAGGGAAGCACAUUGAGCAGUUCUGCCAAGCCUACCUGACUAUGGAUGCUCCUGGGGUGCUAGCAAAAUACCCUGAUGUCUUUGCUGUUCUCAUCAUUCUCAUCCUAACAGGUCUCUUAACUUUUGGUGUGAGGGAAUCGGCACUAGUUAACAAAGUAUUCACCUGUAUCAAUAUCCUUGUCCUCUGUUUCGUCAUGGUGUCGGGUUUUGUGAAGGGAUCCAUCAAAAACUGGCAGCUGUCUGUAGAGGACAUCCAUAACAUGACUCUAGUCAAUCAUACCCAGUAUGGUGUGGGGGGAUUCAUGCCAUAUGGAUUCACCGGAGUCCUCUCAGGGGCAGCCACAUGCUUUUAUGCCUUUGUGGGAUUUGACUGCAUCGCCACCACAGGUGAGGAAGUGAAAAAUCCUCAGAAAGCAAUUCCCAUUGGAAUUGUCUCAUCCCUCCUGAUCUGCUUUGUUGCUUACUUUGGUGUGUCAGCUGCUCUCACUCUUAUGAUGCCCUACUGCCAGCUCGAUACCAACAGUCCUUUACCCAAUGCAUUUAAAUAUGUGGGUUGGGAUGGUGCUAACUAUGCAGUGGCCAUUGGUUCGCUCUGUGCCCUUUCUACCAGUCUUCUUGGCUCCAUGUUUCCUAUGCCUCGAAUAAUUUAUGCUAUGGCAGAAGAUGGGCUACUGUUUAAAUGGCUGGCCAAAAUCAGCGAGACGAGAAAAACCCCAUUCAUAGCAACGUUAAUUUCAGGUGCUUUUGCAGCUAUCAUGGCCUUGCUCUUUGACCUGAAAGAUCUUGUGGAUCUUAUGUCUAUUGGGACCCUUCUGGCUUAUUCCUUAGUGGCAGCCUGCGUGUUGGUACUGAGGUAUCAGCCAAAGCAACCUAACCUGGCAUACCAGAUGGCUAGUACAACAGAUGAGCCAGACAACAAUGAAUCUGUGAGCACCAGUGAUUCGCAAGCUGGUUUUCUGCCUGAAGAGGAUGAGAAAUGUUCCAUUAAAGCCAUCCUGUGCCCCAAGAACACAGACCCCUCCAAACUCUCUGGGUCUGUGGUUAACUAUUUAGCUGGUAUCAUAGGUGUUCUUACUAUCAGCUGCUGUGUGGUGACCGUCCUUUAUGAAAGGGCUGUGAUUGAAGAUAAAGUUUUCUUUGGUAUCAUCACGGCUGUUCUCCUUUUCCUUUGCUCCUGUGUUACAUACAUUAUAUGGCAACAACCUGAAAGCAAAACCAAGCUCUCAUUUAAAGUACCUCUCUUGCCUUUUCUUCCUAUUCUGAGUAUUUUUGUGAAUGUUUACCUUAUGAUGCAGCUGGAUAAGUGGACUUGGAUACGGUUUGCUGUCUGGAUGCUUGUAGGCUUCUUCAUUUACUUUGCAUAUGGAAUGCGGCACAGUGUGGAGGCUACAUAUUCAGCACCACCAGAGCCAGAAAGAAGCAUGGCCCUUGAUUCAGACAGCUGUAAAUGAUGGCAGGUUCAGCUGAAGAAGAGCUGGACAGCUGCUGCAGAGAAGAAAGCUGUAUCUCGGGGAUCCUGACCUAUUUCAUUUGGUUAAUCAGCGCGGCAGAAAUAAUGAAACGUAAGGUGGGAUUCCCAGCCUUGCUUCUGCAUCAGUCAAUUUGUUUGACCUUAACAACACAGUUAAAAGGGAUCACAGGGAAAAAGCCAAGACUCUGGCAUAGUCCUGACCAACACUGUAACCUGAGCUGGGGACACCCUUUUUUUUUCUUCUCCUCCAUAACUGCAUAGAAAGAAAAGAGCCUCUGUGUGCCAGUUAAUCUUCUAUGCUGCUUUGAGACUAGGCUUUGUUGAGGUCCUUCCAUUUGCCCUAUGAAUUCACUCCCCAGGGACUCUGUUUCAGGUAGAGCACAUUCUGCAAUGCUAAUGUCAUUCUUAGGACCUUGUUACACAGUAAGUUUAGACUGCUUCUGGAGCUCUUACCCCCUGCACUGGCUUCACAUUAACACCUUAUAAGUGGCUUAAAGCGCUUAUUAUUUGUCUUAAAAUUACACCAUUUGAGGGCAGGAUUAUCUCCAAUUCACCUAGUUUUAUUCCUGUUGUAUUACAGAGUGGCCGCUUCCCACAGCUAUUCCACCCAAGUUGAAUUUUUUUUAAUAUCCCAGAAUGCAGCAGCUCCUCCUGACUCAGGGUGAGCUGAGAUGCUGGGCCAUAGUAUCUUAUCCUCUGGGGAUGUCAGGCAGAGCAGGCUGUGCAGUCCUGGAGCGCCUAGCGGCCACAGUGUUUCCCACCACCGCCUGGAUUGGCUCUGCUCCCACCAGUGGUGACGCAGGGGACAGGUGCUGCCUAAGCUCUGGAGGAAAAGGGAUUGGACCCCUCGGAGCUCAGACAGUGCUGGGCUGGCUGGCAGCCCUGGAGCUCUCUGGUCUCAGUGAAACUGACACAGCUGCUGUGCCCCAAGACCUUAAGGCAUGAAAGCUGGGAAGCACCUUCAUAUCACGGAGCUGUGGCAGCUCUGCACUGAGAGCAGGGCUGCCAGGGCUUAAGCCCAACAGCCCCACUCUCAGGGCAGAGCUGCUAUAUCAGUUUUAGUGAGACCAGAUUGCUGCUUCCCCAGGACUCUCUGGUUUUGCUGCAACUUACGUGGUGGUAGGCCUACUCUGCCCAGUGGGAACAGUGUGUGGGGUCCUGCUCCUAGUCUUG